ACUGGCGGGGGCAAGAGCAUGUUGUUCAUGUUGCCAACAGCGUGCGCGGCGGCGGCGGGGGGCGGGUUGACGAUCAUAGUAGUGCCAUUAGCAUCGUUGCGCAGCGACACCAAGGAGCGGUGCGACGCCAUGGGCAUCGAGUGCGUGGAGUGGAGCGGGUUGCGGCCACACAAGUGGGCGUCGAUUAUAUUAGUGACGCCGGAGGCAGCGGUGCCGGAUAGUUUCAGGGAUUUCAUCAACCGGCAGCGGGCGAUAGGCCAGUUGGACCGCGCCGUCGUCGACCAGUGCCACGUGGUGUUGGAUUUGGGGGCCGGGGGCGGGUGUCGGUCGCGGAUAUCGGGGUUAGGCGGGUUGGUCAAGGCGGAGACACAGUUAGAGUAUUUGACGGCGACAUUGCCGCCGGCGGACGAGGCCGAGUUCGGGCGGUUGGUGGGUUGCCGAGGGCGGACACCGGGGUUGGCGCAGGCGCGGGCGCAACCACGUGGUUCCGGGGCAGGACGGCGCGGGCCAACCAACGUACGGUACGAGGUUCAGUGGUACGACGGGCGAGCGGAAGAGGAGGAGGAUGUGGUGGCGGCGUUGGUCGAGGAGAGGCAGGAGGAGGCCAGGGGCAGGCAGAUCGUGAUAUAUUGCGGCACGGUCCGGCAGCCGGAGCAGUACGCGAAGCGGUUAGGCGGAUCGUGUUACCACCGCGGCGUGGGAUCGGACGAGGCCAAGCGUGCCGUGGUCCGACAGUUGCGCGAGGGUUAG